AUGUCUGGACGAGGAAAGACCGGAGGAAAAGCUCGUGCUAAGGCCAAGACCCGCUCCUCCCGGGCCGGGCUCCAGUUCCCGGUGGGCCGCGUCCACAGGCUGCUCCGCAAGGGGAACUAUGCGCACCGGGUGGGAGCCGGAGCUCCGGUCUACCUGGCCGCUGUGCUCGAGUACCUGACCGCUGAGAUCCUGGAGCUGGCCGGGAACGCAGCCCGCGACAACAAGAAGAGCCGCAUCAUCCCCCGCCACCUGCAGCUCGCGGUCCGCAACGACGAGGAGCUCAACAAGCUGCUGGGGGGAGUCACCAUCGCUCAGGGCGGAGUGCUGCCCAACAUCCAGGCGGUGCUGCUGCCCAAGAAGACCGAGAAGGCCGCCGGCAAGAAGUGA